AUGGGAGGCACGUACGGGCAGGGUCAAGGGUUGCAGGCCACAUGCGGUGAUGAGAGACGGAUUGGCGGAGAGAAGAGAGAGGAGCUCCUGUUGGAAGGGUUGGGGAUCCCUUCGCCCUUCGGGUUUGAGGGAAGUGCGUCUGUGGAGAGUGAGUCCAAGGGGAGGGAAUCAGAUGGGAGUGGGUUCGAGGGGAGUGGGUUCGAGGGGAGUGGGUUCGAGGGGAGUGGGCUCGAGGGGAGUGGGUUCGAGGGGAGCGGGUUCGAGGGGAGCGGGUUUGAGUGGAGUGGGUUCGAGAGGAACGAGUUCGAGGGGAGUGAGAUCGAGGGGACUGAGAUCGAAGGGAGUGGGAUCGAGGGGAGUGGGAUUGAAGGGAGUGUGUUUGGAUCCCGCUCCCCUCGAACCCACUCCCCUCGAACCCACUCCCCUCGAACCCGCUCCCCUCAAACCCACUCCCCUCGAACCCACUCCCCUCGAACCCACUCCCGUCUAACUUUCUCCCCUUGGAUUCACUUUUUCGACGGAACCACGAGCUUAUUGGAGGGUGCCACGAUAUCCUCAACUGCUGCUUACUCAGACAGAGCCAAGUCAGGCUCAUUUGUUGCUGAGUCAGCCUAA